AUUAUAAUUAGUUAUCGUAUAUAACAGUGGCGACGACGGAAAACUGGACUAAAAGUGAUCGCGAUAAGUGCAGGUAGCUCAAACGGAAGGUACUUCCAGCGUGAGUCAGCUCUUCUAUUCGGGACAAAGCACUAUUGUCCACGGAUCGUCUCUGUAUUCCACAGCAUCUCGGAGAAAAUCAAAAUCCGUGUGAGAGGCAAGAACUGCUCGAAAACCUAGAGGAUAGGCGUGAGUUACUGCUGCUGCUGUUGUUGUUGGGGUAUUGGUUGCUGAGUUGGUGUUGGUUGUGAUCACUCGAGAGAAAAUUAGAGACCCAGGCAAUGGGAGUUCAAUUGUUGUAGGUCUCGCGGAGUGAAAACUUGCAGAGUGAAGACCAAACUCACUUCUCACAUUUCAAUCGAUCCGUUGUGAGAAGCAUAUCGCUGUGGCUGUGAACCUUUGUGACCCUAGUUUCGGACUGUACCGAAGUAGACGACUGCUGUGCCUGGUCGUUGAAGCUUGAACGUGUGAAGCAGUUACGAGCUAGAAGUGCAUGCUGCCAGUGACGUUGUGGAGACGAGCGACGAGUGUUAGCUGGUGAGAUAUACAAGCCUGUGACACGGUGAGAUUGAUCUGCUGCAAUAGUGAGUAACGCGUUUUUUUUUUGGUUUUUGAUUCGAUAGCUACCGCAAUCAUCGUAAUGUCUACGCCUGGUAUGAUUGGGUCUAUUGACCAGUACCAACGGCAUAAAUCGUUUGCAAAUUAUGUGGAGCGUUUUGAGAUAUUAUGCAAGCUUAAUAAAGUGUCAGCUGAGACUAAACAGUCAUGGUUUAUUUCCGUAAGUGGAGAUGAAGUUUUUGACGAGGUCAAGUUGAUUUUCCCAAAAAAGGAAGUUAGUGAAAUACCUUACGAUGAGAUGAUAAAAAAACUAAAGGCUCGUCUGGAUAAAGUUGAGCCGGCUUUAAUGAAUCGUUACGAAUUUUACAACCGUUUGCAGAGAUCGAAUGAGUCAGCUGAGAAUUUCGUAUUAGCGGUUAAAUUACUUGCCGAAAAUUGUAACUUCAGGGAAUUCAAAGACGAAGCUAUUCGUGACCGUUUGAUAAUUGGCCUACGAGAUAAAGAGUUAAGGAAGAAAUUGCUUAUGGACGAUGAGGUAAAUUUGGAAACGGUAGAAAAAACUAUUAUCAGUAGUGAGAAAGCAGAAAACAGAGCAGAGCAUAUGGACGACUACGGUGAAUCUAGCAAAGUGCUUUCGGUUAAACAGCGGCUAGGCAGAAAGUUCAGCGACAGUGACCGUGAAAGAGACAGGGACAGAGUUCGUAAUCGCAGUUGGAGUCGUGAUCGCAGUAGGAGCAAUGAGCGUGGUAGGAAUGACCGGUAUAGAAAUCGUACUCGCGAGUGGACUGGUGACUACCAGCAAGAUAAUCGUGAAAAUCGGUUUAAGAAUUUCCAUACUAGUGCGGUUUGUAACUAUUGUAAGCGCAAGGGUCAUAUCCGCAAAAAUUGUUAUUUUUUGCAAAACAAUAAUCGUGGAAAAACAGUUAAUUUCGUCGAAAAAGAGGAAAUCGCGGAAACUUCGGUCAGCGAUAAGUUUGACAGGAUACGCGUUAAUGAUACCACUGAAGAAGAUUCGGAUAUUAGCUGCAUGAUGAUUCGGCGCAUAAACAAGGUUACAGAAGCAUGUUUGGUCGAUGUGUUGGUUGAGGGCAUAAAGCUGGCUAUGGAAGUGGAUACGGGCUCAGCGGUAGCAGUUAUUAGUGAAAUGUUAUACAGACAAAGCUUCUCAUCUAUCCCGAUUUCCAAAUGCGAUAAAACACUUGUUGUCGUGAAUGGAUCCAAAAUUGCCGUGGUUGGAGAGAUUUCAGUUGGAGUAAUUUUGAAUGGUAUUAGCGCUGAGAGAAGAUUGAUUGUUCUUAAUACGUCUAGAGAUUUCACACCGCUUCUUGGCAGAGAUUGGAUGAAGGUAUUCUAUCCAAAUUGGAAGGACCAUUUCAUGCAACCUCGCUCAGUAAACAGUUUAGAUGACACCAAAGACAUCGAACAGGUUUUAAGUACGAUUAAACAAAGAUACUCCAAAGUGUUCAAUAAAGACUUUACUGAGCCAAUUGCAGGUUUUGAAGCGGAGCUUACCUUGAAAUCAGAACAGCCAAUCUUCAAAAAGGCGUACCAGGUGCCAUUUAAAAUUAAGGAUAAAUUUUUGGAACAUCUAAACAUGCUGGAGAACCAGGGAGUAAUUACACCCAUUCAAGCUAGCGAGUGGGCUUCUCCAGUCAUAGCUGUGAUGAAGAAGGAUGGAGAUGUUAGAAUGGUAAUUGACUGUUAA